CUUAAUGGAAACAUCCUUUGGUAGGUAGCUACACCUUAUUUACAGCGCGCUUGUUGAGAUUGUGCGAUCCAGUCACCUUGUCCUGACACGGCCGACUGUUUGUGCGUGCCACAACUAUUCAUGUCCUAUAUAGUAGGGAGGUCCGUAAGGCGCGAUAUCGAAAUGCAUACCCCCCACUUCCAGGCAGCAACAUUCCUGUUGACUAUAUAAAUAGACUUCGUCUUUCGCCAAGAUUAGCACUAUUAUAAUGUCUUCUCCACCAAGAUUAGCCUUUUAGUAUAGUGUUCUCGACUCCACUUGCCUGCCAGCUUUCCGCUCCAGAAUGGCCAGCUACACAAUCACCGGGUGCACCGUCGCCGACGGCGCUGAACUAAGUCGCAACAACAUGUCGGCUUUUUGGGAAGACCCGCAUUUCAUUCUUGCAUGGCCGCACAGGACUCUUGAUCAGCACAUUGCUGAACAAGCCAAGCGCAUACCCCUCAACCUGCUAGACGACAAUCGCACAAUCAAGCGGCACCAGAAGGCGAUUGACCUGGAGACUCGCCGUUUGCUGGGCUAUGCCCGCUGGAGGAUCCCGCCCUCACGUGCUACCAAGGAAGACGGCACGCUGGAGUGGCCGGAGGCCAUAGUACCGGCUGUUGGGCCUGAAGAAGAAGCCGAGAUACGGCGGGUUGCUGAGGCCGCUGUGUUCGAUCCUAACCAGGAAUCAGACGAGCUUCUCGUGGAAGUGAAUGAGAUCCGGAACGAGAUUUUGACAAGAAAAGACUAUAUGCGUCUUGACUACUUGGCUGUGCAUCCGGAGAAUAAGCGUCAAGGAGUUGCCACUGCAUUGAUCCAAAGCGGGAUGAAAGUAGCUGAAAAUUUGGGGCUGGAUAUCUACAUACAAGCCACGAAAGCCGGAUUGGGAGCGUACAAGCGAUGCGGAUUCCGCAUCGAAAGGGAGUUGACCCAGGAUGAUUCCAAGUAUGGGGGAACAGGCGAAGUUAGCACAUAUUUCAUGAUCUACGAGCAAAAGCUUAGGCCGAACGCCCCGUAGAAGAGAUGGACGAUGUUGAUGGCGGGAUUAAGCGUCAUAUCUUGUCUAGCAGCGUCCGACCGCCGUCGAAGGAACAGGCUUCAAGGGUAAUCACUUGAAAUUAUUACAGAGCAGUGGCUCACAAGACUUAAGGUCUACGCUUACGCGUAUCAUGGGUAAGAAAUUCAUGAAUGCGGGCUUCAUCUUUGGAAUUCAAGUUAUUGGCAUCCCUGCUUUCCUUCCAAAACGUGGUGUCUUGUCGAGAAUCUUGACACCUUUUGAGGCCAAGUCUUGGUGUACUAAAAUAUGUUAAGUAAAAGGUUAAACCAGUUGGCAACGAAUGAUACUGAAAGAUAAGGAUAGCAGUGGCAAGUAAACUCACGACACAUUUGGUCAUAGAACCAUACCCUUGAGAUCUUCCAGCAGUACGGGAUGAACCUUUCUGUCGUCAGGCUUGUUGAUACUGCUACUGCUACUUUUGAGUUCGAGUUAUCUUCACCUAGGUGAAAUAGGG